UCCUCAGCCUUGGAUUAGGGAAUGAUAUCGGCUUACAUAACCACAGAGCAUAGAGCCCUCUGACUUAUACCAGCCGUCUCCUCAACCACCUUGCCAUCCCAAACUCCGGCAGCCGCUCCGUAGGCAAACACCACACGGGUAGCUGCCGCUGCUCGGCCUGCCGUGCCACUCCCCAGCCAUGCUUGCACGGGGUUCAACGUCAAACGCUCCCACAAGUGACACUCGACCGGCCGAGAUGCCAACCAGAUCCUGCCCCUGGAGUGACACCCGCGUGGCGCCACCGGUGACGGCACGGGGGACAAGACCCCUUGAUGUGUUUUUUUGCGUCUUGUGUCUGUGUGAGGUCUUGUCAAGGAUCGAGGCCUCGCCUCUCUCUUUUCCUCUUUCUUGUUGUCUUUUCUGUCCUGGUGUUUUGCUUCUUUUUCUAGAUGGCCUCAAUACUCUCAACGCAGGCCGUGGUGUUGGCCUGGGCGCUGUGAUACCGGAUGCUUGUUUUCUGCGGAGCCUUGCAUCAGCGACGACGUGGCUCCACGUCCUUGCUUCUCUGACCUUUGCCUCAGCACCGUGCAGUGAAGUUGAGUCCCAACUUUGCAGAAGGAGUCACCCGCCUGGCCAGCUCAGCUUUCGCCAACCAGCCAACAUCUCGUCCACCCCAGCCAUCACAGCUCCAUUUGCCCUGCCUGCUAACCCACCACCACCGCUACCACCCCCAUCGCCAUGGCCUCGCCCUACCAAACGUCCGAGAGCGGCCACUGGCGGCCCUACAACACCGGCCAUGGCGGCCCGGGCGUCGGCCAGGUCCACGAGAUGGGCCCCUACCCGAUCCGCCGCUUCGCCGAGCAGGACUCGGCCCUGAACCCGUCCCUGCAGGCCCGCGCCGUCAGCCGCGCCCCCAGCACCGCCUCGUCCUCGGCCCAGUCGGCCGGCGGCGGCGGCGGCGGCGGCGGGCCCAUCGGCUUUGGCGCCGGCUACCGCAGCCCCAGCGUCGACCACCACCACCGGCCGCCACCAUCGCCCCCGCUGCCGCAGCAGCAGCAGCAGAAAGAUUACGCCGGCAGCAACAACCCCCCGAUGACCAUGGCCGACCGCCGCAGCAGCACCCACACCGCCGCCCCGUCGGCCUACCACGACCAGGCGGCGCUGCGGACGGUGCGUGAGGACGACGAGGGCGACAGCGACGUCGGCGACCACGGUCGCAGCAACUACGACGACGGCGACGACGGCGACGACGGCGACGACGGAAACGGCAGGCGGCGCGGCUGGCGGCGCUUCUGCUGCCUCUGCUGCUGCUGCUUCGGCGACGGCGACGACACGCCGCUGUGGGCGCGCCGCCUGUGGGGGUGGAUCGUCUUCAACCGCUGUCUCGUCUACGGCGUCGUCGCCGCCAUCUUGUGCACCAUCGUCUUUGGCGUCAUCUUUGGCGCCGUGCUGCCGAGGCUGUCGAGCCAGCCGGGUCCGAGGCAAGUUGACUUCCCGCCGCCCUCGGUCCCGGCCUCCGACGACGUCCCCUCCCCGUGCACCUCGUCAGAAUGCUCCCCGACGCCGUUGCCCACGUCCACGCCGUCAACCACAUCCUCGGAUAGCAGCACCUCGUCGACCAGCACCUCGCCGAAGCCCGUCCCAACUGGCCUCCCCGCCGAGUGCAAUACCAAAAACUACAUCACCUCGGCCUCCUUCCUGGCCGUGCACGGCGACCCAAACUACCUCUUCGCCUUCUCGGCCUCGCGCAGCCCCGACGAGUGCUGCGCCUACUGCUACCGCCGCGUCGCCACGGGCUGCCACGGCUGGCGCUUCACCCCGGGGUCCGCCACCACGUGCACCUACAUCCACUCGUACGACGGGCCCGGCCGCAAGGACGACACCUGCCCCAAGGGCGCCGACGUGCCCGUCGACAUCGCCUCGGACGACAAGCCCGGCGGGCCCAACAGGCGCAACGUGGCCGGCGUGGGGCCGUGCGGUUCUCUUUGA